GUCACUUUUUCUCUAACUCACCUAAUAGUUCACCUCCAUUGAUCUGCCUAUAAAAAGGGAACACUUCUUCAACACAUUAUGUGCAACCAAACUUAAGAGAUCAAUAUCAUAACUAUCAUAUUAAUUGCUUUCUUUCUUCAUCAAAUCAUUCCAAUAUGGAUGGAAAGAUGAGUUGGGCAGUUGGUAAUACUGUUGACUAUAAAGGGUUCCCAGCGGACAGGUCUAAGACCGGUGGUUGGGUGCCAGCAGCUCUGAUUCUAGGGAUUGAAGUAUCUGAAAGGCUUUCAACAAUGGGAAUAGCAGUGAACCUUGUGACAUACUUGGGUGGCACAAUGCAUUUGCCAAGUUCAACUUCAGCCAAUAUUGUCACUGAUUUCAUGGGAACUUCUUUCCUCCUUUGCCUUCUCGGUGGCUUCCUCGCAGAUUCAUUUCUCGGAAGAUACAGAACUAUCGCCAUCUUCGCCAUUAUUCAAACACUAGGAACAGGAUCACUAGCAAUUGUGACAAAACUUCCAAAACUAAGGCCAACACCUUGCCAUACUCAUAUAGUGAGCAACUGCAAGCAGGCCAGUGAAUUCCAAAUGGGCGUUCUCUACUUAGCUCUUUACAUUAUCGCCCUAGGAACGGGAGGCCUGAAAUCGAGCGUAUCAGGAUUCGGAACAGACCAAUUCGACGAGAAAGAUGAGAAAGAGAAGACUCAAAUGGCCUAUUUCUUCCAGAGAUUUUUCUUCUUUAUCAGCAUUGGAACUCUGACAGCUGUAACGGUUCUUGUUUACAUACAAGAUGAGGUCGGGCGGAGCUUGGCUUAUGGGAUUUGCUCUAUUUCAAUGGCUGUAGCGAUCGUGAUCUUUCUUUCGGGUAGUAGAAGAUAUAGGUAUAAGAAGAGCACGGGCAGCCCCAUUGUUCAAAUUUUACAGGUUAUUGCAGCUGCCAUUAGGAAGAGGAAACUUGAAGUUCCUUAUGAUGUUACCUUGUUGUAUGAAAACACGCCUCAUGAAUCAAGAAUAUAUCACUCUGAUCAAUUCAGUUUGUUGGACAAGGCAGCAGUUGUAACAGAAGAGGACAUGGAAGGGAACAACAGUUCGAAUCCUCCGAAUCCAUGGAAGCUGUGUACGGUAACAAGAGUGGAGGAGGUGAAGAUGAUGGCGAAGCUUCUUCCUGUGUGGGUAACGACCAUCAUGUUCUGGACGACUUAUGCCCAGAUGAUCACAUUUUCGGUGGUGCAAGCUUCCACCAUGGACAGAUCAUUAGGAAGCUUCAAGAUUCCGGCUGGCUCUCUUACUGUUUUCUUUGUAGCUGCAAUCCUAAUCACACUUGCCUUCUAUGAUCGCCUCAUCAUGCCACUUUGGAAGAAAUGGAAGGGCAAGCCAGGGUUCACUAGCUUGCAAAGGAUGGCCUUGGGACUUAUCCUCUCGGGUUUAGGAAUGGCAGCUGCAGCCAUAGCCGAAAUGAAGAGAUUAUCAGUAGCCCACGACGUUGGUUUAGCAACGGCCACCGUUCCGGUGUCGGUGUUCCUACUGAUCCCACAGUUCUUUCUAGUGGGAGCCGGAGAAGCCUUUAUCUACACAGGGCAACUAGACUUCUUCAUAACUCAAUCACCGAAAGGAAUGAAGACAAUGAGUACAGGCCUGUUCCUAACGACUCUAUCUCUAGGGUUCUUCAUGAGCAGCUUCUUGGUGUCGGUGACGAAGAAGGUAACCGGAGGCGGUGGACGGGAAGGAUGGAUUGCGGAUAACAUUAACUUCGGAAGGCUUGACUUGUUCUACGCUCUGUUAACUAUUCUGAGUUUAUUGAACUUUCUAGUAUACUUGUUAUUUGCCUCAUGGUACAAGCCACAAAAGGUGCAGGACAAUGGUAGUGGCGUGGAAAUGGAAGGUUUGGCCAAUGGGUCUCAUCAUGGAGAAGAGAAAUGCUAGCUUUUGCUGGUCCCCAUGGCGGGCUUUUUCUUCUUUUUAUGUUUCUGUUUCUUCUUGAUUAUAAUUGGUUGCCUAGUGUCGAAAGGAGUAUGUAUUAUUGUAUAAUUGUGUCUGUUAUUAAGAAGUUAAUUUAUCAUUUUCAU